CAUUGAGCGAGUAGGAGGCAGAAAAACAGCCGACUGUAGCUUUACAAAAAAGAAAAAAGAAGAAGAAGAAUCGUUGUUUCACUCAGACAGCGGCUCUAUAUUUGUUAUCGUCUAUUAUGUGUACCUGCUGCUUAGACUCAAAGAAACCCUCUUUCAUUGUUGCUCUCUGGACUUUUAUCCUGUGCUCGGAGUUCAUUGUCAGGACUCCUGUUCAAGCUGUUAUGGUGAUUGGUUCAAGUCUUCCAAUCUUUGCCGCUCCGGGUGAUGAUGUCAUCCUGCCGUGUCACCUGAAGCCCAUGUUCGAUGUCCAGGGUCUGACGGUGGAGUGGUCCAAACCCGACCUGAAGCCCGACCCGUCGGACCGGCUGAGCCGAGUGGAGUACGUUCACCUGUACAGGGACAGGAAGGAGGUCCCCGACAUGAAGAUGGCCUCGUACUUCAGGAGGACGGAGCUGUUCAUGGACGCCAUGAAACACGGGAACAUUUCACUGAAGAUCCUGAACGUGUCGGAGGAAGACAACGGCAGAUACAGAUGCUUCAUCCCCAAGCUGAGGAGCAGAGUGAAAGCUGCUGUUGUUGAACUUGUAGUCGAUCCAAACUAUGCUAAAAACCUAACGACAGACAGGCCACUGCAUCCCAAAAUCCUCCAAACUCCAGAUCCUCAGGACACGACUCCAAGAAAUACAGGUCGGUCCAGGGUCUCUGUGGUCGUUGUUAUCUUUGCCUUUAUAUCAGUUGUGGCUGUCGCUGCUUUUGCUUCAUGUUUCUCUGACCUUCUUCAGCAAAGACUAAAUAAGCAACCAGAGGAUGAUGAGACACAAAGAUAACAGUAACAAUUCCAUCUUACUGGAUUUGGUAUUGUUAGGUGUAAGUGGAGCUCUGAGAGUUCCUAGAUCUUCAAUCAGGUUGGGCAUUCAAACCAGCAGCCACAGGGAGACACUCGGUUCCAGCAGGACUAAGAUCCAUCAUCAUGUCACUUCUACAAAAGGAUGUGAGUCUGAUUUGGGUUUGAAUCUUGACGCCUCACCUGAACACCUGAGUGAAGUACAUUUAUAGAGCCCGAAAACAAUUCCAAAAUAAAGUGUUGCAGUACUCUGCAAAACGUAACACUAAACUCAUUUUAUAUUUAGAUUAAAUGAAUAACAGGGAAAUUUCAAAUGUAAGUGGGUUGUGAAGCAAUAAAGCAAUGGCUCUUGGAUUUAAAUGUGGCCUAUGAGGAGGUAAUGUUUUCCAAAGUGUUUCCCCCAUAGACUCUUUUUGGUUAAAACAUUUCACUGUGGAAAACACUGAAGGUUUUAUUCAAGGUUAAAAAUUAAUUCCAGGUUUGUUUCCUGGUGGUUAUAAAGAGCUCUGGUCAGUGGAAAAACCCUCCCUGCCUAGUUUGAAAUGUCAGGUUACAGUUAAACCAUUAUACUCUGUUUUCUUGUAAUUAAUUCUAGAGUUACUGGAAAUGCAGUAUGAUCAGCUGGUUUCAACAUAUCUUUAAUAUGUGGUCUCAUUGUGUAGCUCCAGUAGAUAAUAGCUUUUGUAUUUUUAUUGUAUUUAUUUAUUUAAUUAUUUAUUAUCUAGCUUUAGCUGUGACUGUGAUCAAGUGCUGGCCAGUGUGCUUUGAAAACAUCACCUACGUAAAAUGAUAGAUUCAGCAAGGCUGUUUGGUUUGGAAGGUUGUCCAGGAUUAUCCCAGCGUCCACUACACAUCACACCGUGUGGAUAUUCUGACGAUUGUAAACGCAUCAGCAGGCUUUGAAGUGACAAAAACAGGACUUAUGGAGUUCAUAUUAAGAAAUCUUUUGUUCUAUUGACUGUAUUGUGCAAAUGCAGUGUUUGGUAGCACAUUUGAUGAGAUCCGAUUGUUUUUGUUACUUCACGUGUUUUUUUGUUUUGUUUUUUUCUACUCAGUGAAAACUGAACUACAAGUUGAUGACUUGAAGUACAGAAAGACCUCCUUUACUGUGUUCAUGUACUCCAGCACUUUGUCAGAUGUGUGUGCACACUAAUAUAGUCAUUCCUUCAUUUAACCACUUGUACUUAAAAGACAUUUUGUGAGGUCUGUUUUUCAGUUUAGAAAUUUAAGUUUAAAACGAAUGACUAAUUUAUUACAUUUACUUUGAAUAUCUGUAUAUCGCUAAUGUAAUUGAUCCUUUUCUUACAUACAACCACUAUCAGUCUUUUUUCUUUAGCCCCUCACUGAUAACUCUUCCCUACCACCCAGAGCCUUUUUCAACUCAUAUCUGAACUCUAUGAAACAUUCUUCAACUUCCACUCUGAACUCCUUGGCUCUCCCUUCACUUGUUUCCUCUUCUAACUGGCAUCAAACUCCAUGGCUGUCUUAUGAUACACAAAAAUCCAAUCUGAUACUGUAUACUUGAAAAGACAACACAAAUUUUACAGUACAGUGUUAUAUACAGUAUUAAGUAAACUAUAUAUAAAGUAUUUUUGUAGAGUAAGAGAUUUAAAAAAUGUGUUUGUGACAGUGGGCAGUGGGCUGACAAUGGAUAGCUGAGUGAAUUUGAAACAAUGUAUAAUUCUUGACUUGUUUGAUUUUUAGGUUUUUAUGAGAAUUUCAGGGAGAUUUAACACUCCUUACCUGGUUGUUUAUCUGCUCUCUGGAUUGUAUCAUGCUGCUGAUCUUUUUGCGUGUCAUUUGAGUUUUUUCAGCAAUCGUUAGUGUGUUUUCCGUCGUAUUACCUGUUGGCAUCUUGUUUUAGUUUUGCGUGAACAACAUAACAGCACCUUCCCAGAAUGUAUCCCCCGUCUGCCCUACCCUCACACACAGCUGAGGGUCCAACUUUGAGAAUCACUACCUCACAUGAUCAUUUAUAUAUUUUCUGUCUGGCUGCACACUGCUGACAGAGGACCUGUCACGCUGCUCCUGCCUUAACUUUUCCAUCAGAUGCGUGCUAUGUGCAGAUGUUGAUUCCAGCUGUUCUUCAGCUUGAAAUAACCUUCAUACAGCUGCUACAUGUGGACUAAAAAAAAAUCGGUAUUUUUAAUGAGUUUAGUAAAAGUGUUUGUUUUUCUUAUUAUCAUGUGAGAGAUGUCAGCAUCUCAACACAGACUCAAACCAGCAACCUGCAGUUUAUAACUCUGCUAAUCAUGUCCCACCCAAGAUACCCACAUGGCUUUGGCAAAGUAGAUCCAGCCCUGCUGAAGCUUUUCAACAACAUCUGUGCACUCAAAGUGGUGACAUAUUUAAAGGAUUUUAAUGAUUUCAAGGCAGGAGUGCAAAAAGAUAUCAGCAGGGACAUUUAGAAGGCCGACCAGCUGAUGUACAAUGAAUUCAAUGACAAAAAGGUUCAUUUAAAAUAAAAACACAGCUUAUCAUCAAGUAUUUCCUUAUUUACGGAAAUAUGGAACGUUGACAGGCUAAUCACAUGGCUCAGCACGGAAACACCACAUGCACAGCUGUUACAGUAUUAAUAUAGAUCCCCCACCUGCACAAACAUCCUGUUUUCUUUAUUUGAUUCCUGACGAAAGGGUUUUUACACUGUACACCCUACAUGUGGUUACAUCAGUUUCACAGUGAGCAUGUUUGCAUUAACCUUCGAAAACCUGAACCACAAAAUAUUUGCCAUAAAUUUCCUUUUUUAAUAGUGUUUAUUGAAACUUUUGUCAUUUUUUUAAAGCAAGAGAGAAAUUGAAUAUCAGUUUACAUUCAUAAGUUUUUCAUUUCUAUCAUUUUUUCUAACUUUCUGCAUUUUUAUGCCAUUUAUAGCUCACAGUAGCACUGCAUGUGUCCUACUGUACACAUCAGGUUUUUCAGGUGGGAAAAAAAAAUCACACUGAUGAUGCUGAGGUCUCAAAAACUCAAAUCAAAUCUGACACACUUGAUACAGCAGGGUUAAGAAAUUUCUGCUGUGUAAAUGUCUUUUAGUAAACCAUGUGUAGUGUUUUUAAAUGUUUACCAAAAGGAACAUGAUGGGACUUUCUUAAUGGGAUGUUAUUUCAACUCCAUACUUUCUUAAAAAAACAAAACAAAACACAUGUCAUGUUAAUGAAUAUCAAUUUUAUUUUUGAAUGUUGAUCCAUAUUAUUUGGAAAUGAGACAAACAUAUAUAAGUAUUUUCACGUACAUUUUUAAGGCUGUUUUGGUUUAAAACAAUUGUGUUGGUCCGCCACACAAGAGUAAAUAUUUAUUGAGUUUUAUACUGUAAAAUAAGCGGUGCAACCUAUGUUACAUUAAUCGUCUUUUGGUGGAGAGAGACAGGCCAUAUUCAAAAGUUGUCUUUUAAAUCAGCGAUACUGACACGUUUGUUUGUUUGCUUGUGUAAAGAACUGCAAAAUACCAAACUCCUGACUGAAUCAUGACAGUUGUCAGCUACUGUUCCUGAAUCACAAGACGGGGUGUUUGGCUGACUUUACUUCCUCAUACUGAGGAGUUGGAGACGAAGUCAAAGAGGCAAGGUUCAGAUGUGCAAAGGAGGGAUGCUGAAGAUGGAGGAGCAAGUAAAGAGAAGAGCCACAGAGUAGAUUGAUGGAUGUAGUGAAGGCCAUGCAGAGGGUUGGUGCGGCAGAGAUCAGGUGAGAUGGAGGCAGAUGAUCUGCUGUGGCGACCCCUAGAGGUGGCAGCUGGAAGAAGAAGAAAAAGAACCGAGUUUCAAUAACCAAACAAACAACUAUGUGAACUGUGGUUAAUUUGAUCAUCUGACACUUACAUAAUCGGCCAAAGAGUGCAUUAUGGGUCACAACCAUCACAAUUUCCUCACGUCUAGAUUUUACCACUGGAGUGUAAAUAAAUAAACAACAAACAUAAAUUCUUGAAGACAUUGCUUUGGUAUCUUAUAAUCUCGUGUUUCUCUGUUUCUCUUACAUUUUACUUCCUAAUAAAUUAUUGGAAUGUU